AUGCGAGCUCUCUGUUGGAAUAUCAAUGGUGUGGCUAGGGAUAUUGCUCAAGUCUUUAAUAAACCAACAAUUGUUAAUACUAGUCGUCAGGCUAUCACUAUUGCAAUUGAAGGUGUUAAUAUCUUUUUUGUUCAUGCGAGUUAUAUUCAAGUAACUAGGCAUUCGUUAUGGCAUCAGCUUAAUGAUCCGGAGGACAUUAUUCCGUGGCUGGUGAUGGAGGAUUUUAAUUACGUUCUACGUAAUGAUGAGAAGAAGGGUCGUCUUUUGGUCAUUAAUGAGUUUAGUGACUGGAUGGACGAUAAGAAUCUUUUUGAAGCUGAUUCCUUGGGAAGUUUUUUCACUUGGGCUAAUAGUCAGUCGGGGGCUCGUAGAAUCAUCAAUAAACUUGAUAGGUCUAUAAUCAAUGAAGCUUGGUUGAAUAAGUUUGAGAAUUGGCGGUGUAAAUCUCUUCCAAGGAAAGUUUCUGAUCACUUUUCUCUUAUUGGUUAUCCUUUUGUUAAUUUGCGUCCUAAACGUGCUCCUUUUAGGAUUCAAAAAAUGUGGUUUACUCAUCCUAAAUUUUUUAAAAUUAUAAGUGAUAGUUGGAAUGUUCCAGCGGUGGGAAAUCCGGUUUUUAUUUUUCCUUACAAGUUGCAAAGAUUGAAACAAGUUUUAAAGGAUUGGAACCAUAAUGUUUUUGGCAAUGUAAACAUUCGGUUAAAACAAUCUCAACUGCGCCUGGAGUCUGCCAUCCGUACUUCAGAUGAAGACCCUACUGAUGUUACGAAAUUCAACUUGGUAAAGGAUAUUUUGAGCGAGACUCAGGAUAUUCAGAAUCAGCAGAACAUUAUGCUUCGUCAAAAAGCUAUGAACAAAUGGCUUUUAGAGGGAGCUAGUAACUCUGGUUUCUUACAUAGUAGCAUUCGGAUUCAGAGAAGCAAUAAUACAAUUUCUGAACUUGUUGAUGAGUCUGGGGUUACUAUCUCGGAUUGUGAUCAGAUUUGUAAUCAUGAUUGUCAACGUAUGGACAGUGUGCCUUCGGAGGAGGAAAUUCAUAAGGCAGUGUUUGAGCUGGGGGCUGACAAUGCUCCAAGGCCUGAUGGUUUCUCUGGGUGCUUCUAUCGUCAUUGUUGGGAAAUUAUUCAUCGUGAUCUAUUUGCAGCAAUUAUUUUUUGUUGGAAAAAUAAAUUUAUUCCUAAUGGUGCUAAUUCAAGUCUUAUUAUUCUUUUGGAUAAGGUUAGAGGUGUUAAUUCUCUCCAUACUUUCAUACCUAUUGGGCUUAGUAAUUUGUUUUUUAAGAUUUUUACUAAGAUUCUUGCUACUAGACUGGGAAUUGUUUUGGAUAACCUUGUUUCUAAGGAACAAGUGGCUUUCAUGAAGGGGAAAAAUAUCCAUGAGAAUAUUAGUGUGGCUUCUGAAAUGGUUAAUGAGAUCCAUAUUAGACGUAAGGAUGGUAACUUGAGGAUGAAAUUGGACAUUUCUUAG